CAAUAUUUUCUCUCUCACCAAACUGGGAGAACCUUCGCCCAAGAGUUCACAUCUAGUCAUGUUCUUCUUGAAUCAGGACAGGUCGCAUGCAAUGAAGGUGAUGCGGCUUUUUAUCUCAGCAGUUUGUACGGUGUUGAGCUUUCUAGGCCUCCAAUUUUGGACAGAAUUUUCUAAUGUGAAGCUACAUUCAGAUGGUUUGAUCAUCGAUGGAAACUAUGUGCACUUUUGUGUUUCCAAAUGUGCAGUGGAUAAGCCAUAUAUCACAUUUGCUUUGGUGCUCAAUUUUAUCCUCAACGUUUAUAUACUCAUCUUUAUAUCUCUUAAGACGAUAUAUGCAACUGAAUCUUGGAAAUUGGCGGAAAAAAUAGUAUUAUAUGUUCUCUACAAGGGAGCAUCUCUUGUGGUGGUAGUCCCACUAACUCUAAUUCAUGCAGGAUUGUGGUCAACAUGGUUGACCGUAGCAUGCACUUUGAAGAUAUUUGAAGCUCUAGCCAGGGAACGCCUCGAACGGUUGAAUUCAUCAUCAUCUCGGUGCAAGACUUUGGAAUCACUUGGGUCAUUAUUCUGUUUUAUUGGUGGUUUUCACUGUCGACGCAAUUUGGAUUACGAUGUUAUUGCUUUCAAAACGUUAAAGGGCAUUGUGGUUCAUGGAUUUCAAUUGCUUGAUAUAUUGCUUCACCACUCAGUUCGUAACACAACAAAUAAUUCAAAAAUAUCAAUACUUUUGGUUUUGGAUACGUCAGCAGCAGCGGGAGAUUCACAACUGAAAUGGGAACGGAAGCGUGUUAUAUUACGGAAUGUAUGCUUUUUCCUAGAUAUUAUAACGUGGUUGAUGGCUUUUGGGCAUUAUGUGUAUGCAUGGAGGCUUAAUGGCAAGUCAUACCUUAUGCUUAACCUAUCGUUUAUGGAUAUCAUUUCAGUGCACCGUUUAUUGAGUUAAGAAUGGCUUAGAGAACCCUUCAUUGGGAACCUAGUGGAUGGAGAGCUUGUUUAUAAAUUAUAAGUUUAAGUAUGUAUCCAGCUGUUAGGAUUUAAUCAUAAACUAAUUGUGUUUGUAAGUUUAUUUAUCGUUGUUUAUCACCUGGGGUUUGGUGACUAUAUCACCGGUUGUGGACAUUUAGUUUUGUGGUCAUGUGAGUUGCUUUGGAUUUGAC